AUGGAAACCGCGAAGCCGAAACUGAGCGUAGUUCGGCGUAUACUUUACGGACUUUGCGGUAUCUGCGGCCCCAAAGUCAAAGUCGAAGUCUCGCCUGUUAACAACUAUCACCAACCCGCGAGCCGACCUGGUACCUCCCAAAGUGGCAAAAAGAGAAAAAAACGGCCUGCAAACGUCUCAGUUCAGGAACCGGGCUCUCUAAGCCCGAGCUCCCAAAGCCCCAGGAGUGCGGACGUUCAACCACCUAUGGGGGAAAAUUAUUACCAGAAUAUUCCUGCCAUAUUAUGGGACCAUUAUGGUGGAAACGGUCAAAGUAAUUUUUCGGGCGCUCCGGCGCCUAAUAUGAGCGGUGGUUAUGAAACCCAAAUUCCUGCGUAUUGUAACGUUCCGGCAAAUAAUUUCGGGGAGAAUCCUCCAUAUGAGAUCAUCGGUCAUCCUUCAUGGAAUAAUCAGACUCCUGCAAAUAAUGCUGGUUGUACUUGGGCCCACCCCCACCAUGCCACUGAAAUAUUAGGUCAAAUACCUUGGCAAUCGCAGCCUAAAGACGACGGAUCAAUGCUUCGCCUUUUCAAAACUGUGGAUGGCCGCCUAAUGGAUCAUAUUUUGAAUUUCUACAUCGCUCCGGACAGCGUACCGUAUCAGAGCGGUUCUGAUAACCCUCUCUCACCCGAGGACCCAAACCGCAAACUUUUAGACAAAAACAUACCAGAUUGGUGGAAUUUGUUGUCGAAACAGGAAUAUAGGAUUUCUGUUUUGCGGGCAAUAAUUGCUCUGGUAGUGUUAGGUGACAAAGCCUUCCAAUCCGCUUCUCCACAUAGUAACUACGACCUAGGCAAUAUGAUAAAUCGAAUUGCUAAGAACACACAUGACUUGACAAAAUCAUUUGCUCUGAAGGGAUCAAAUGAGGAUGCACGAUUGCGCAGUAUGCAAGCCCUGGUUUCGGCUACUGCAGAAUUAUAUUCCACCAUCUCAGCUCAGCCCACUAGAUUUGACGUGGCCUGGGGAAAACCUGGGCACGAGUCUAUGUUAGACACAACGACGAUGGAAGCUGUGCUGAAUUCUGAUCAGGCAUCAAGAACUGUGCGAGCAACUGUGUUUCCAGGGCUGUUAAAGCAGUACGGUACAAAUGACUUGCCAUUGCCAUUAGCAAAAAUCCAGGUUUUAUUAUAUUAA